AGCUGGCCCUAAAUCAGCCUAAGAAUUUCACACGAUGCAAAACAAGAACCACUUGAGCGGGGUGAAUUUGUCCUUACUCAAAACUAGUCCAGAUUUCAAGUUAAGGUUGAGAGCAGGACUGUUCUUUCCCAUGCAAAUCUUUUAUAUUUUACCAAUAUUGCGGAACGUGAAGUCAAGUCGUUCUGAUGGUCUGUACACGGUCCCUUUGGAAACCUUUAUACUGAAUGAGAUCCAACCUGACUGACAUUGUGAACAAAUGGCUUCCCUCAAGGGUAUCUUUGGCAAUGAGAGCACAAAAGCAGAUGAAUUUCCUACUCUAUCAUUUGAAGAACAGUUCAAAGAGUUGACCUCUCUCAUAUCCUUUUUUGAGGAGUGUUCAAUGAAAACAUGGGAGUUUAUUAAUGGCAUGAAGAAAGAGCUUUCUGACAGCUUGAAAACAGAUCUUAUGACUGACACAGAAAGGAAGCGUCUGCAGUCAUAUGCUGCAAAGAAGUCCACUCUCUUGGUCCUUGGACAAACAAACAGUGGAAAGAGCUCCUUUGUGAAUGAACUCCUUGGUGGGUCAUUCAUGCCAACUUCUGAAGAACCAUGUACAUCUCGCAUCGUCCGUCUCAAAUAUAGCGAGAAAAACUAUCUCCAGGUACUGGAUAAGUCUAAACCUAAUGAAGGAGAGAAGAUUUUUUUCGAUGGAAAGAGGUUACCGAAAGAGGAAAUAGAGUUGGUUGAAAGUCGGAGAGCAGAUAAAUCCUGGAUCAACUCUACCGUAGAAGUGGGCCUGAACAACUCUCUCUUUCAAAAUGGACAUCUAGAAGUUAUUGAUGCACCUGGGAUGAGCGAGAAUGAAGCUCUGGACGAGAUUGUUGAGGAAUGUAUUCACGGCAUUCUUCAAGUCAUUAUCUAUGUCAUAGACGGUAACUCCUCUCUAAGGCUGCAGGAAAGGGAUUUUCUCCUGGACCUGAAGGAGAAAAUUGGUAACUUGCCCAUUUUCUACCUGUGCAACAAGGUGGAUAAAGACAGGACGGCUGUGGAAUAUGACAGGGACUCUGACUUAGAAGACAAUGUUGAUAAAGGCCCACAUAAUGAAUUAGGGAAGGAGCUGCUCGCUUAUCGAGCUCUCUCUCUAUGCCAUAUGGUGCCUGACGACAUAGAGUAUACACAAUGUCCUUUCUUUCACGGUUUGUCAACCAAGGAAGUCAGGGACGCUCGACAGAAAAAGCAGUCAAACCAGUAUACCAAGCAGUUUGAUGACCUCAGGUUUAAGCUGCUGAAAUUUAUUGCCACCGGAGUGAACAGCCAUCUUCGAUCUGCAGUAGAAUUCCUUUGUCAGAUCCAAAAAAGGGUGUUUGAUUUCUUUUUGAAUUGUGACCUCAACCAAGACACAAUUCCUGCUCAAGAUGAGUUAUUUAGUAAGCUAGAAAUAAAAGAGCAGGAGUAUGUGGAAGAAAUGCAAAAAUUUCUCUAUAACAAUCUUUUUAAGUUUUCCAAGGCUGUCGAAGAUAUAGUCAAGAGCCAAAGAGCUAAGAUCGUAGCUGACGCGUCCGAACUGCAGUUCGAUUCAAUCAGAACUGGAGAUAUCGUCGGGCAAAAUGAGGUGGUAGAACACUGCCGCAGUCAGAUUAAGGACCUGGUGUUGUUAAACGUUACGAACAAAUCGAUUGAAAGAAUUCAGCCGGUAGCCUCCGUUUUCACAAGAUAUCUACGUGAAUCCCUCGAACAGUCGCUCAGUGAGGUAGGCGAACAAGACGACAAUUUAGCUAUUCUUGUAAAGAUGCAACUGAAGUACAGUUUUCUACAACAUUUUCCAGCGCGAGACAUUUGCCCUUACUUUGAUUAUGCUUUGAUGAAAAGUGGUGUGAGGCCUAAGGACAACGCCAAGAAAGCUGUCAAUGAUGUAUGGUCUGUCAUCCGAGGGAAGGGGACGUACCUUAACGCAAAGUGGAAGCAAAGAAUCGCAGAAAAUGUGCUGGACAAUAUCGACUGUGAUGCCAUCGCACGCCGAAUUUGUGACAAAAUAGCAGAGGAUUUAGAAGACGGGCAUCAGUUGUUACAGUUAAACCUGGUUUUCAUGAGAAAAUUUUGCCGCGCAGCUUUAGAAGUAUCUGCUGUUCAGAAAAAAUUCGCCGUAGCACAAUCCCCAUAUUUUUCCAGUCUGAUGAGUAAGGCCGGUGCUCUUUCUCAGACGCUGGCUUCCGAUGUUCCCUCUAGAGCAACUGUUGGUGCGCAAAUAGGAAGGUCUGGUAACCGAGGAAGGGUUUUUGAAGACAAAACCAACGAGAAACGUGUUGUGAAACAGCUCACAUGUGCAGCUCACCACAGUGAAAUGCGAGAUGAACAUUUGUUAGGCAUUACAAGAACCUUAAGGAGGACUCAAGAUGAUAUUUCCACAAUCCUACGACCUAUUUCGUUGAUAUUGGACGGAAGUAAUGCGGUCUCUGUUCUGUUUCCAAAAAUGGUCACAGACUUGUUCGAAAUUCUUCAGUGUGAUAAAAUCCAAUUGCAUCAAGGUCUAAGAAUUGCACAGCAAAUGGCUGAUGCUCUGGAGAAUUGCUGGGACAGACGCAUUUACCAUGUGGAUUUGAGGACCACAAACAUUUUGCUUGACUUCUGCGGAAAUGCAAGGCUAAACGUCUCUAAGCCAAGGGAUGACACAAUUCCGUAUCCUGACAACCAAGCACCUUUCCAUGUUCCUGCUCAGAAUCCCGGUGCAAAUGCACCUGAUGCUGAUUCGAUGAUGACUCUGAAGAAUCAUUGUGUCUACAGUCUUGCAGUCUUGCUUUUGUUGCUUGUGGAGGAGAAGUAUUGCAGACCACCCUACGCCCAGACGGGAAAGGUUAAUGAGGUGUAUGCUGCUGUAGACCUUGGAGAAGAUUUGAAAUACGUCUCCGGAUUGAAGAACCCAAAGGGUUUGUUUUCGGGCGGAAGGAAAAAGGCUCGUGAGAUUGUCCUGUCCAUGUUUGACUUUCAUGAGAAGCACAAUGAGUAUCUCCUCUCACAAAUGAAUUACUUCAAAUUCGAGGUUACUGGGGUGAUUUCUAGUUUUGACACCACCGUACCCUUUUGAACCUGCACUCUGAGAAAGGAAACUUUCAUCUCUGUCACUUAGAAGUUGAGCAGUUUUUUUUUCAUGGAAAAAAAUCAAAAUUUACAUCUGCUUUCGAAGAGUUUCAAUUCCAUUUCCACCUACAAAGCAAUUUAGAUAAGCAAAAUCUGAUAAGAAAAGUUAUUAUUUUGUAUAAUUCACAAGCAUUCGGUUUCAACUCAUGAAUAGACAUGUGUUAGAAUCGUGAGAAACUUUCUUUAGUUACAGUUUGAGCGAAGCGAUGAUUUCUUUGACAGAUAUUUAUGAUAUUCGCUAAACAACGAAAUAAUGUAGUCACUGCCAUUCAAAAUACCAAAAAGGAGUCAUUUCUUCAUCUCGCCCCCAGUCGAAUUCUUGAAAUUUUCCUAUAAAUAUAUCUUAUUAACCAAGCGCGAGGGCCGUACUGGGAGAAUAUCGG